UUGAUGAACGUCAUUCAGCCAAAAAUAUUGCAGAAAAUAUCAUACACAUUUGCCAACCAUAUUUUCCGAUGGAAAAAGUGUCUUUAAUAGUGACUGACAAUGCCAAAAAUAUGAUUAACGCUGUCGACAGCGAACUAAAGUUAAAACAUUUAGGAUGCAUUGCACACUCUCUCAAUUUGGCUGUCACAAAUUCUCUAAACGAGGUUAACGACCUUCUAACGAAAAUUAGGGAUAUUGUGAUAGUUUACAGGAGAAGUAAUAUCGCUGCAAAAAAUCUGCGAAAAUAUCUGUGCUCUAGCGAGGAGAGAAAAGACUUAAAAGUCAUCUUAGAUGUGAAGACUCGUUGGAACAGCACGUUUUAUAUGGUAAAACGUUUCCUUGAACUGAAAGACGCUAUUCGUUCUACAAUGGGAUGUGGAAGGGAUGAUGAAGAGAUAGACGAAUCAUCGGUUUGGUUCGAGUUUGAGAGUAAAGACUCUCGAACUUCAUCAUCAGCUCCCGCAGCAGACGCGGCGAUCGACAAAGCUGCGGCAGAAGUGAAAAGAUACCUGCAAGAGCCCAUUCUUUCCAGGAAAUCUGAUCCACUGGAGUGGUGGGAAAAGAAUAAAAAUGUAUUUCCUAAUUUGUAUGAAUUAUCACGGAAAAAAUUAGGCCUUGUGGCUACUUCAGUGCCAUGCGAAAGGGUGUUCUCUAAAGCUGGAUUAAUACUGAAUGAUCGGCGAAACCGUUUGAGUGGACAAAAGUUGAAACAACUAAUUUUCUUACAUUACAAUUAUAAUAUUUAAUCAUUUGUUGACCUUCUUAAAAUUCCAACCUAAGUUCAGCUUAAAAUGUUUAUUUCUAUGUUUAUUUUCGCUGCAUUAUU